CGGCGGUGUCGGCGCGCUGGAGGCGGGCGGGCAGGCUCGUGCGGCAGCUCGGGUGGCAGCUCCCGUGGCUGGUCCGGAGAGGCGCCGGCACAGCGCGGCUGACGGAAGAUAAUCCAGGUGUAGUCCCGGAGCCUGCAAUUUCAAGGCCUUCUCCCUUGAGAAGCCCGGAGACCCCGCCUUACCAUGGGGAACCACUUGACGGAGAUGGCGCCCACCGCCUCCUCCUUCUUGCCCCACUUCCAGGCACUGCAUGUCGUCGUCAUCGGUCUGGACUCGGCCGGGAAGACCUCCCUCCUGUACCGCCUCAAGUUCAAGGAAUUUGUCCAGAGCGUCCCCACCAAAGGCUUCAACACGGAGAAGAUCCGGGUGCCCCUCGGGGGAUCCCGUGGUAUCACCUUCCAAGUGUGGGACGUCGGGGGUCAGGAGAAGCUGCGACCUCUGUGGCGCUCUUACACGCGCCGGACAGACGGGCUGGUGUUUGUCGUGGACGCUGCGGAAGUCGAGAGGCUGGAGGAGGCCAAGGUGGAGCUACACCGAAUCAGCCGGGCCUCGGACAACCAGGGUGUGCCUGUGCUUGUGCUGGCGAACAAGCAGGACCAGCCCGGGGCGCUGAGCCCGGCCGAGGUGGAGAAGAGGCUGGCGGUCCGCGAGCUGGCGGCUGCCACGCUGACGCACGUGCAGGGUUGCAGCGCCGUGGACGGGCUUGGCCUGCAGCCAGGUCUCGAGCGCCUGUACGAGAUGAUCCUCAAGAGGAAGAAGGCGGCCCGGGCCGGCAAGAAGAGACGGUGACCCGAGGCCGCCCCCUCCCACCCAGUAGGGGUCUGCACACUUGGACAUCCGGGUGGGGCCUGUGACCCCUCACUCACCCUGGGGUUCAGGAUCUGUCCUCCUCAAAGAAGGACUGAUAAGAGGAGGACACUGGGGGGCCUGUUUUGGUGCCACUUUGGGGAGGGGGACCAGAGAUGGGGUGUCUGCCCAUCUCUCCUUCAUCCUCACCUCUGAAGAAGUAGGGGCUGCAGGAUGCUGGAGGCUUAAAUGUAAACUGUGACUCUACCUCGACCCUGUUUCUUGUUUUUCUUCUCUGGCUUUUUAUUGUUUUUUGGGGGGGGCGGAAUGGAAAGUUGUUUGGAGAAUGCACUUGGGAUGGGUGGGAACUACUCUCUCCACCCCACCCCCACCCUGGGACUGGGGAGUCCCCCCAGGCUGCUUUUCUAGGGAUGCCUGUAACAAUAGUCUUUAUUUUUGUGUCUGAAGAAAGUGCUGAGAACCUCUCCCCACAUUUGUAGAUCCACAAGUCUUUUUAUAAGCCAUGUGUGUCCUCUGCGUUAUUAUUAUUUUUCACUAUUUUUUAGCAUUUGCCUGUAAGUUAUUAAAGACUGAUGACACUAGCUCUGA